AUGGGAACAAUUCUACUUCUCUUCUUGUGUUUUCUUCCAGGUUGCUUAGCCUUGACCUCAACCAACAUCGCCACUGAUCAAUCAUCUCUUCUUGCGUUGAGAGCUCAAAUUUCAUUUGACCCUCAAGAAAUCUUGGCAAAAAACUGGUCUGUUGCCUCGCCUGUUUGUGACUGGAUUGGGGUUACCUGCAGCUCUGGCCAUCGUAGAGUGACUGCUUUGAACAUUUCAAACAUGGGUCUUAGUGGAACCUUACCUCCCCAGUUGGGAAACCUGUCAUUUCUCGUUUCUCUUAACAUGAGUAGGAACAAUUUCCGUGGAGAACUGCAACCAGAACUUGCUCGAUUGAAUCGAUUAAAAGUACUGAAUUUGGCCGUCAACAACCUCAAUGGAUUGCUUCCUAACUGCUUGUCUGGAAGUCUUCCGGAUUACAUGUGUUUCCAUCUUCCGAGACUGAGAUUCAUUGGCCUAUCAAUGAAUAAAUUCAGUGGUCAAAUACCAUCAAAUUUAGCUCAAUGUUCAGAACUUCAGGCUCUGUCUUUUUCCUUCAACAAAUUCACUGGAAACACACCAAAAGAAAUAGGGAACCUGAAGAAGCUUGAGGUGAUAUAUUUCGCCAUGAACAGUUUAACAGGUGAAAUUCCAAAAGAGCUUGCAAAUUUGACCAUGCUCAAGUUCUUAGACUUAUCUGAUAACAACAUAACAGGCGAAAUACCAAGAGAGAUCAGCAACUUACACAAUCUGGAAAAACUCAACUUGGGGUGGAAUAACGUGAGUGGUUCCAUACCAGUGGAGAUCUUCAACCUCUCCAGGCUAAAAUUGAUGUCGCUUGCAGGAAAUAAACUUUCAGGCAUUCUUCCUUCAACAGUGUUUUAUGGGCUUCCCAAUUUAGAAGAACUUUAUUUGAACAAUAAUAACUUUGUUGGAGAUAUUCCCGAGUCCAUCUCAAAUUCUUCUAGACUUUAUUUCAUAAUAUUGUCUGACAAUAAAUUCACAGGGCCGAUUCCCAUUUCCAUUGGUAAUCUAAGGCUCCUUCAAGUGCUGGACUUAACAAACAACAAUUUAGUCUGUGACUCUUCCUAUCCAGAGUUGAGCUUCGUCUCUUCCUUAGCAAACUCCAAGAACUUGAGAAAAUUAAGUGUGAGUAACAAUCCACUAAAUGGUAUUCUUCCAGAUUCUGUUGGGAACCUUUCUGCCUCACUACAAACAAUGUAUGCCUACGGUUGUGGACUCAGGGAUCGCAUUCCUGAUAGAAUUGGGAAUUUGAGCAAUUUGAUUAUCUUAAGUCUAUACAAUAAUCAGUUGACUGGAUCAUUGCCCAUUACGGUAACGGGUUUGCUAAAGCUUCAAGCAAUAAUGCUUCACAUCAACAAACUAAGCCAAGUCAGCCUAGAAUACUUCUGCUCCUUCAACAAUUUGGGUGUUAUAUCUCUCAGCUUCAAUCAAAUUGUGGGAUCAAUACCAGAGUGCAUAGGAAAUGUUACUUCUCUGAGAUAUCUUUACCUAGCUUCCAAUAAAUUCAACUUUGCACCUAAAAGCUUGUGGAACCUUAAAGAUCUUUUAGCGCUCGACCUCUCCUCCAAUUCAUUAACUGGCCCUCUACCUCUUGACGUUGCAAACUUGAAAAUUGCAACAGCCAUAGACAUGUCAAUAAAUCACUUCUCGGGUGGCAUUCCUACCACAAUUGGGGAUAUGCAGAACCUGAAUAAACUUUCCUUAGCCCACAACCAACUGCAAGGUUCCAUUCCAGAGUCAAUUGGUAGUAUGUUAAGUUUGGCAAAGUUGGAUCUAUCACGUAACUUUCUCUCUGGCUCCAUUCCAAAGUCACUUGAGACCCUUAAGUAUCUCACAUACUUUAAUGUUUCGUUUAACAAUUUAAGUGGUGAAAUUCCGUCAAAUGGCCCUUUUAGAAACUUCACUAGUGAAUCCUUCACUUCGAAUGCAGCACUUUGUGGAGCUCAAAGGUUCCUUGUCCCACCAUGCGUAAGAUUUUCACCUCAAAGUUUGAGGAAAAAAAAGAAGUAUGUAAUCAUUCUUGUUCUAUCAGGGGUGAUACUAGUUUUAGGUGCCAUGUCCUUGGGAUUCAUUUACCUAAGAUAUCAAAGGAAAGAUAGAAGUCCCAUUGAAGCAUAUUUGUCGUUGGUUGCAACACAAGAAAGAAUUUCAUAUCACAAACUUUUACAAGCAACUGAUGGAUAUCAUGAAAGAAAUUUUCUGGGAAAAGGAGGCUUUGGAUCUGUUUAUAAAGGUACUCUCGAUGAUGGGAGGGUUGUGGCUGUUAAAGUGUUUGACUUACAAUUAGAAGGAGCAUUGAAGAGUUUUGAUGCAGAAUGUGAAGUAUUGCGAAAUCUGCGCCAUAGAAACCUCACUAAAGUCAUUAGCUGCUGCUCUAACCCUGACUUCAAAGCAUUGGUUCUGGAAUUUUUGCCUAAUGGAAGUCUUGAGAAGUGGUUGUAUUCCAAUGACUGUUUUCUAGAUAUUAUUCAGAGAUUGGACAUCUUGGUGGAUGUCGCUUCUGCACUGCAGUAUCUCCACUAUGAGUAUUCAACACCAGUGGUGCAUUGUGAUUUGAAACCUAGUAAUGUCCUGCUAGAUGAAGAUAUGGUUGCCCAUGUAAGUGAUUUUGGUCUUACAAAGCUGCUGGCUCCAGAGGAGGGCAUUGCAUACACCAAAACACUAGCCACACUUUGUUAUCUUGCACCAGAGUAUGGAUUCCAAGGAUUAGUAUCAGUCAAAUGCGAUGUUUAUAGUCUUGGAAUUAUGAUGAUGGAAGUUUUUACAAGAAUGAACCCCAGCAAUGAAAUGUUCGGUGAGAAUUUGAGCCUAAGGAGUUGGGUUCUUGAUUCUAUGGCAAAUGCAUUAGCUCAAAUUAUAGAUGCCAAUUUGCUGAGCACAACCGACGAUCACUUUCUUGAGAAGCUGGACUGCAUUUCAUCCAUCAUGAAAGUGGCUCUAAAUUGCACGAGGGAGUCUCCAGGAGAGAGAAGCAAUAUUCAAGAUGUUCUUGAAGCACUAGUAAAGAUCAAACUUCAGCUACUGCCAUUAGUUUAG